UGUGUGUGUGUGUCCGCAUUAUCUCAGACCUCAUAACACCUUGGGAAUGCGCGGGGAAGGUGGAAGGAGACACACGCCGUAUCUACCUGAGUGGAAUAUCCCAAACGUGGCCACGCCCUUACCCCGCCCCCUACAGGAGCUGUCAGGGUGCUUAGCUGGCCGCGUGCCUGUCACCAGUCACCAGUCUCCACCAGGUAGUCCUCUGUAGGCGACACUCACUCACCACACACGCGGAGAUCAAGAACAACACACACAUAUAUACACACACAUACACAUACAAAGACACAACAUAAACGUAUACAAACAGAAGAGAACACAAUAUACAUACCUAAGCAUAUACAUCCAGACACACAAACACACACAUACACAUACAAACACGCAACAUAAACGCAUCUUACACAUACCUAUACAUCCAUACACACAUACACAAGCACAUACAGACAUAUCGUAUACAAUUUACAUAUCGUCACAGGUUCCCACUUCACUCCUCCCUUCAGUGACUAUAAACCUCGAAUAUUCACUAAUUAACUCCACUCACGCAGCAGCUGUAGCCGGAAUUCAAACUCAGGUGUGAGGCUGAUUACCACUCUACCAGUGAGCAUGAGGCAGAACGAGGUGAUGAUGGCGCUGGUGAGGGAAGACCUGAGGCAGUCAUCAGCUGCUUCCAACCUUGUCUUCAAUGAAAAGGUGAAGGCGCUCAUCAAGGAAGGUCGGGACAUCGCUCAUUUCGCCUUCGGACAGUCGCCCUUCCCUAUUCCGGAGUGUCUGACGAAGGCGGUGCAGGACUACGCCCACGUGCAUGACUACCUCCCCAUGGCUGGUAUCCCGGAGCUGCGUGACGCCCUGGUAAGAUUCCACGCCCGCUAUGACAACACCCGCCUGGAGAGGGAGAACAUGGUGGUGGGGCCCGGCAGCAAGGAACUCAUCUUUCUCAUUAUGGCGACCUUCAGCGGCGACAUCCUCCUUCCCUCUCCUGCCUGGACCACUUACGCCUCCCAGUGCCGCCUCGCAGGGAAGGACCCCAUCAUCCUGCCCACCUACGCCAGGAAGGACUGGAAGCUGGAGCCCCAAGUUCUGCGGCAGGCGAUGACGCAGGAGGAGGUGGAGGGGGAAGGCAACUCUCAAUGGAAGCUACUUAUUCUUACUAACCCCGGGAAUCCGAAUGGAACGUGUUAUACUGAAGAGGAGCUAAAGGGCCUAAGCGCGGCAUGUCGGCAACACAAGAUUAUCGUGCUUAGUGACGAGAUCUACGGACGCCUCACCUUCAGUAGAAAGCACGAGAGUAUGGUCAAACACUACCCUGAAGGCACCAUCCUGACCAGCGGCUUCAGUAAGUGGGCGUCAGCGGGAGGGUGGCGGAUAGGAUACGCCCACUUCCCCUCCGCCCUUUACCCGAUGCUGGAGGCAGUACUCAACGCAGCCUCACACACCUACUCCUGCGCCCCCGCCCCUAUGCAGUACGGCGUGGCUAAGGCUAUAAAGGAGAGUUCCCUGGAGCUGGACCAGUAUAUGGGAGACUGCGCUAAAGUAUUGCAUGCCGUCAGUGAGUACUGCUUCAAGGAGCUCUCUACCGUGGGCGUGGGCGGCGUGAAGAGCCAGGCUGGGUACUAUUUUUUAGCGGACUUUGAGGUGGUACGGGCGGGAAUGCGGCGUCGGGGCCUCCACACCAGCGAGGAGAUGACGAGGGCGAUGCUGGAGGAGGCAGACGUGGCGCUCAUGUCCUCGCAGCCUUUCCUCCGCCCCUCCUCAGAGCUCACUACUCGAUUUUGCUUCGUCUGCUUCGAUGGAGCGGCUGCGCUACGAACACUCAGAACUUUGCCUUCCUCCAGCUCACCCCUUGGAGAUGACUUUGUUCGCGAGCACUGCCCCACCGUUGUCAAGGGCGUGGAGAGCUUGAAGCAGUGGGUGGUGAAGCAUAGUUAAGUGUGAGAGAGACAGUGAGGGACAGGAAGGGAGGAGUGAGUGAGGGAGAUAAAACGAUGUUAGGUGUGGCUGUGAAGUGUUUUUUGGGUAGUAGUAGUUGAGAAGUAGGAAAGUUGAUAUGCACGUAUUCAUAAACAAUCUGCUCUCUCACCACGACUAUUUUCCAAGGCCACAGAGAUUAACAGCGGAGUUUUAAAGAAUGUUUCUCCAGUUAAUAAUGUAGAAAUCUUGUCAAUCUGCCUUUAGAACCGUAAAAACACCUUAAAAAUCACUCAUGUCAAUUUAAAUAAAGCUUUUUUUGUAAUAGUGGAGGUGAAGCACAGAAGUGUUUGAAAAUACGAGCCAUAGAUGGAUGGAAUGACAGAGAAACGUGAAGGAAAAGGAAUAAGUGAAUGAAGAACGACAAGGAGUGAAUGGAAGUAAUUAUUUGUGGGAGAUAGUGUUGAGAAAUAAGAUUGACGACUAAACAUAUAGAUAAAAAAAUGGAAGGGGUGAGAACGACAGGAAAAAGUGGUUAGAGUGAAAAAGAACGUGCAGCGUGAAAGGAGUGGUGGUGUGAAUGUGAGGUGGAGUUGUGAGAGGUAAGAGGUGUUGAGGAGUGAAGAAAGAGAGGGAAGCAGUGGAAGGAAAGAGGAAAUGUGGAUGUAAUGCUGGUGAGAGAGUGAAGAAUAAUUAAAGGAAUGAUUAUUUGGAUAUGAGGAUUUGAGACAGACAGUGGUUGGGAAGCAGGAUAAAUUUUGAGGUGGUGGAUGGAAGGAGAAAAGGAGUGUGAAUGUAGAGGGAUGAAUGACUAAGGAAUAACAGGAAAUGAUGGAGGCAGAACUGUACGAGCCACAAGACAAUAUGUAUACUGUCCAACAUAGUGAAUUUUAUAUAGACAUUUGUUGACGUUGGUGUUUAAAUCUAAUGAGGUAGCGAACUAAUAUAUAUUGAACGGUUAAGGAAAGUAGCUGAAGAGAAUAUUUAUUAUGUGUAUUACUAUAAAAAGUAUCAUGUAUACGGUACUAUGCAUAAAAAUUAAAUAUGAUGUAUAGCUUUUCUUUCAGCGAAGGUAAUAGAAGGAUAUCAUUAUCAUUGUUAUUGUUGUUGUUGUUGUUGUUGUCGUUGUUAAUAUAAAUGUCGUACCAGCUGUC